CUCCCCCUUUUUUAUUUCGAAUCAAUUCCACUUUCAAAUCCAUUUUCAUUUUUUACUUUAUCAAUUCACAUUUUUUACUUUCAAUUCCAUUUUUUCUUUCUUCAUAAUUCUUUAUAAAUCCACACACACGCACAUAAAAAAAUAUGAAAUCUACUCUUUUCGUUCAGGCACAAAAGGCACAAUACCAGUGGCACAAGCACGUUCCGUUGAUGAAAUUCCUUGGACCGCGCAAGAACCUCUGGAAACCCACUGCAACUACAACCACAGAAAUGGCAGGGAAAACUAGCAGCAACUCAAAGGAAGCUAUUAAUUUCUGGGAAUUACCUGCUCGGUACCGUCCUCUGCCUAUUUCCGAAGCUGAAAUAGAAGCCAUCGAGUCUGGCGGAGCAACAACCUACGCAUAAUAAACUCGAAAGAAUUCUCUUAGUUAAAUUUU